AUGGGUUAUACGCCUCCGAUAGCUGAGAACCCACCAAACACUGGCCAACCAUCAAAUCAACCCAAUCCUACACAACCUUCAGGUCCACAAAUCCAACCAACCCAAACAUCUAUCCCAUCAUAUGCUUACCCUCAAAAUGCCCAUCCCCAAGAAACUCAUAUACCCCACACUAUACCUACCCUAAAUCAACCGAUCCACCACCAACCACAAAUCACUAAUCCUAGCCUUGAUGGAAACCCAACCAUAUCACCAUUUCAUUCCAAUAAGACCUUAGAAGAACCCCAGCCCAAUUACUCAGAGGAGCACUUUCAAUCCAGAGAAAAAUUGCAAAUAUUGGAAGAAAGAUUGAGAGCUAUUGAGGGAAGCAGCUAUGGCAUUGGAGAAGCUACAGAUCUUUGCUUGGUCCCAGAUGUGAUGGUUCCUCCAAAAUUCAAAGUGCCUGAUUUUGAUAAGUACAAAGGAACGACAUGCCCAAAGAGUCAUCUGAUCAUGUACUGUAGGAAGAUGGCAUCACAUGCCCAUGAUGAUAAGCUGCUAAUUCACUUUUUUCAAGACAGUUUGAUUGGAGGAGCUUUGAGUUGGUAUAUGCAUCUUGAGCAUACUCGUAUUCGUAGUUGGAAAGACUUGGCUGAUGCUUUUCUAAAGCAAUAUAAGUACAAUAUUGAUAUCGCUCCUGAUAGAUUACAACUGCAGAAUAUGUUAAAGAAGGAGGAUGAAACUUUUAAAGAAUACGCCCAGAGAUGGAGAGAAGUUGCAGCUCAAGUGGAGCCUCCUUUGUCUGAAAAAAAAAUGGUAGCUAUGUUUAUCGAUACUCUCCAAUCACCUUUCUAUGAUAGGAUGAUUGGAAGUGUUUCGUCAAACUUCUCUGAUAUUGUGAUUAUCGGAGAAAGAGUGGAAGGAGGAAUGAGGAGUGGUAAGAUAUCUCACAAUUCGAGCGGACCCUCCAAUUUGAAGAAAUUUACAAAUGGUCCAGGAAGAAAGAAGGAGGGAGAGACUAAUGCUAUAGCUUUUCACCCAAUAGAAGUUCCUUUCAUCAGACCUAACCCUGCACCUUUUCAAUUUCAACCCACAUUUCCUGCCCCUCAAAUUUCUUACCCAUAUGUCAAUGCUGUUUCACAGAAUCCAAGUCCCCAAUCUUAUCAGUCGCGACCCUACCAACCCGCUCCGCCUACUUUUCCCAUAGCACCACCCAUGAGACCACCCCAACAUUGGAACCAAAACCUAAAUCCCAACCAAAUAAGACCCCAAAACAGUCAAGAAAGGAAGCAAGUUCAAUUCGAUUCAAUCCUUAUGUCCUACACUGAGUUACUACCUCGUCUAUUCCAAAGUUCAUUAGUUGUACCUUGUCCAAUGAAACCUGUAGAACCGCCCUAUCUAAGAGGGUAUGACCCGAAUGCUAAGUGCGAGUAUCAUGCUGGUGGUAUUGGUCAUUCGACAGAGAAUUGUAGGGCAUUAAAGUUCAUAGUGCAAGACUUAAUUAAUGCCAAAUGGAUGAAUUUCAAGGAGGAUAAUCCUAACAUUAGGAGUAAUCCCCUACCUGGGCAUGGAGGAUCAUCGGUAAAUGACGUCGAGGAAGAGUCUUCACAUGUUUUAAAAAGGAAAGUUAAAGAGGUUACCACUCCUCUUAAGGUUAUUUUUUAUGAGCUGUGCAAGGCUGACUUGAUCAAGGGUUUUGUAUAUGAAAAAAAUAUGUGUGAUUUGUACCCUAAUGCAUACCAUUCCAUUGAAGAUUAUGAAGAAUUCAAGCAUGUUCUGCAAACCCUGAUGGACAAGCAUUUGGUCCAAAUUGGGCACUUUAAAAGGAAAAAUGAAGUUUUGACUGUUGAUGAACAAUCACUAACUUUUCUGAAACCUUUGGUCAUUCAUUACACCAAGUGUGUGGAUACCCCAACUACCAAUGGACCUAGACCUAUCACUAUACAGGUACCGGCUCCAUUCCCUUAUAAGGACAACAAAGCAGUACCAUGGAAGUAUGAUGCAAAGGUUUAUUCUGAUAUUUUUGUCGUCUCAAACAUUGCUGGUGUUGGUGGGAUGACCCGUAGCGGUCGUAUUUACACACCUGAGGAGCUGAGAAAGGAGCGAACAAAAGAGAUAGAGAGAUCCUCAAAGGGGAAAGCCAAAGUGGGCGAGUUUGAAGACGCUGACGAAGAGAAAAUGCCUGAAAUAAAGAAAGUAGUGUCAGAUGAAGAAGCUUGUGAGUUUUUGAAAUUUAUUCGGAGGACUCUUUUGAAAGUGUUGAAUGAGGCUCAUGUCAGUCAUGAUAUCACUACCAACAAGUUUGGAGGCAUUGUUGGUAAUAUUGUCUCAAACAAUUAUCUCACCUUCGCUGAUGAUGAAGUACCUGCCGAAGGAAUGGGGCACAAUAAAGCACUGCAUAUUUCUGUGAAAUGUCGAGAUCACAUUAUUGCUAGAGUGCUUAUUGACAAUGGGUCUUCUCUGAAUGUGAUGCCAAAAGCAACAUUGUCAAAAUUACCUUGUGAUGAGUCGCAUAUGAAACCCAGUGCCAUGAUAGUAAGAGCUUUUGAUGGAACAAGGAGAGAGGUCAUUGGAGAAAUUGAAAUCCUAAUCCAAAUCGGUCCUUGCACUUUUCAGAUUUUGUUUCAAGUAAUGGACAUCGCGCCAGCUUACAGCUGUCUUUUGGGGAGGCCUUGGAUUCAUUCUGCUGGAGUUGUACCAUCCACAUUGCAUCAGAAACUAAAGUUUAUCAUUGAUAAUAAGUUAGUGAUUGUCUCUGGUGAAGAAGAUGUGUUGGUGACUAAGCCUUCGUCCACUCCUUAUAUUGAAGCUGCUGAAGAAGCUCUAGAGACCUCUUUUCAGGCUUUAGAGAUUGUGAAUGCUACUUAUGUAGGAGAGGGAGCUCCAAUUUUAAAGCCUCGAUUGUCUAAUACAUCCAUAAUGACUGCUAAAGUCAUGCUCAAUGGAGGUUUUCAGUACGGAUACAUGUUGGGGCAAGUCAUAUCGAAAGCAACAAACUGGUUACAGCUUCAUGAGAAUAAGGAUAGAUUUGGGUUGGGAUACACGCCCACUAAAGCUGAUAAGAGAAGAGUCAUGGAGGAAAAGAAAGAAAGAAGAUUAGCCAGCUUGGAAGGUAGGGAGCCUAAAACUGAAGGGGUCCCCAUUUGUGAUCUCCUGAAAAGCUUCUAUAGUGCUGGAUUUGAGUUUCAAGACUCAGUGGCUGCUGCUGAUGUGGAUACACUUGAAGAAGAGGUUGUGGACCUAGUCCGCACUUGUCCGCUAAACACAGAAGUUGGCAAUUGGGAGAUCAUCGAGUUACCUGUGAUUUUUAAUAGCUAUUCAAAAUUCGAAAGUGACAUGUCUAAAAGUAACAGUGCUAAUAUCUCAUCCACUAAUUUUGAUUGUCCCAUUAAUAAAGCUGUCGAAGAUGAUAGUGAUGUUGAUUUACCCUCAGAAUUUCUAAGAUUGGUCGAUCAAGAAGUGAAAGAGAUCCAACCUCAUGAUGAACCCACUGAGACAAUUAAUUUAGGGACUAAAGAUGAUAAGAGAGAAAUCAAAAUAGGCACCCUAAUGAAAAAACAAGAGCGCGACAAGUUGAUUAAACUCCUGCAUGAUUAUAAUGACGUCUUUGCAUGGUCUUAUCAAGAUAUGCCAGGUCUAGAUGUUGACAUAGUCGAGCAUAAAUUGCCACUAAAACCAGAGUGUUUCCCAGUUAAGCAGAAAUUAAGGAGAAUGAAACCUGAGAUGUCAUUAAAGAUUAGAGAGGAGGUCAAGAAGCAAUUUGAUGCAGGUUUUCUUGCUGUUGCCAAAUACCCUCAAUGGGUUGCUAACAUUGUGCUAGUUCCCAAGAAAGAUAGAAAGGUUCGGAUGUGUGUUGACUAUCGGGAUCUAAAUAGAGCCAGCCCUAAAGAUGAUUUUCCAUUGCCUCACAUUGAUAUGCUAGUAGAUAAUACAGCUCAACAUUCAUUUUUCUCUUUUAUGGAUGGUUGCUCGGGUUAUAAUCAGAUCAAAAUGGCUGAAGAGGAUAUGGAGAAAACCACAUUCAUUACACCUUAG